CUACUCGCUCCAGUGCACGUUUCAAACGACUUCCUUCUUCGCUGGCACGUACAGUGGUGAAUAUCUUUUUCCAUUCUCAGUCCAGUGUUGCUUUUCAAACGACUAGAGACUGCAGACGGAGAGCUGGUUGUUGACGUUAGAGAAAGAGAGUAGUGUAAGAAAUGUAAGAUUUUACGACUUUUGCAUUUUUAAUCAGCUCAGUGAAUAAAUAGAUCCUUUCACAGAAAUCAACGAUAAAAAAAGAUAUUCUCUUGUAUAUUCUGGCCAAUCAGAAAGUAAUGUUGUUUUCUCUUUCUGUCAUACCACUUCCUCUUUCGAUAUCACGGUGAAGGAUUUGUCGAUCCCGUGGAGUUGUGCUGCUCGAUUCAUUGCUACGUUCCACACGACUGAAGGCGGCAGACGAGGAGUUUGUGAUUGACAUUCGAGGGAAAGGAUAUCUUAAAAGAUGUAAGAGUUUAAUUCUUUUGCAGUUUCUUUUUUUAAUCAUUAUAACACUAGUUGAUUACCAUCCUGGCACCCCUAGAAUUCCUGCGACGGAUUCUGUAUGUCGAGUUGUACCCUUUUAGCAUUUGUUGUCGCAGGGUAUUUCAAAUAAUGAAGCGCGUAGAAUUUAUUCUCUAUUCAUGGAUUUUACCACAAAUCAAAAGAUUUACGAAAAGCUGAUGAGAAUUGAACGUGAAAGACGAGUGAGGGUUUGCUCUUUCGUGUUUAGAACACCAGUUUGCUAUUACGUGAGAGCCAUUAUUUGAAGUUGGAGUAAUUUUUUUUUUUUAAGUUUUGUAUGUUCUGGCUAAUCAGAGAGCGACGUUCUGCUAGUCUUUGCUCCACCACUUCCUCUUUCGCUUGCAUGGUGUUUUUCUAUGCCUGUUCUGGCCAAUCAGAGAUUAAUGUUUUUUUAGUGUUUGCCACACCUGACUUUCUCUUUCGCUAUCACGGUACAGAACUUCUAGGUUCCGUGAUUUACAUAUCCUUUCAGUGGUGCGUAGCUAAUUUCGGGAAUCUUCUGGUUGACUUUGGAGAAAAGAGUAAAAAGAGAUGUAAGAUUUUACUACUUUUUCAGUUUUAUUUCCUAAGGGUUAUUAUAGUCAGUCCAGAAUUCGAACUAGUUGAUUUUCAUUCUGGCGCCUUUACCGUUCCUGCGAUGGUAUCGAGGCUUGAGCAUGUAAAAUGUCUUUUGAGACCCGGACAGAAGCCGGAGGUUAAAAGUUCCUAUUCCCGGUGCACACUACACUUUUAUCGGUCAACACAGUUUGGUUUAAUAUGCUAAAACGAAGACUUAACAAUCAAUACAUUGGCGUUAAAGUACGUUUCUCUUCUUCCGGUUUACUUCCGCGUCUCGAAAACGUAUCUGCAUUAGUUAUGUAUUUUUAUAUAAUAUAUUUCGCGUGGCCUCCUAUUAAAUUUGGUGCUCAAAUUUCAAAGAAGAAGGCGCGCAAAAUUUAUUCCCUAUAUAUGGUUGGUAUUACAUAGCAAGAGAUUAAUGAAAAGCUGAUGAGAACUGAAAGUGAAAGACGCCAAUUGCUGGAGGGAAUUAGUCAAAAUAUAAAUCACAAGGUGGGGGAGAUGAAGGUGAAGGGGAAGGGGAAAGGGAAAGGAGAAAGGAGAAGACCACGCAUUUAAUGUUGGGGUACAAAAUUUGGGCAUGCUAAGGCUAAGUGUCCCAAAACCUCUGAUCAUUACGAUACACCAGGGUAAAUGUUUAAGUCUGAGUGUUUCUAAACUGACGUUUUUUAUUAUUAUUAUUUACAGGGGUGUCACAGGGAUGUUAAUUACCUUGGUGUUACUGAUUUUCAGUGCACUUGAUGUUUUGUUCUUCUUCUUGCCAACUGCAAAUUUUGAUUCCAGGGUAGUAAGGUGAGAUGACUGGUAUUGAGAUUAUUUUACUAAUUCUUUUAAGGCGUAAGAGAAGGGAAGCCCGGAGAAAGAGUCUUAAGAGACCUUGAUAGAUUAAUAGAUUCUCCUUUCAAACUGUCUUGCAUUUUCUUGCAAAACACAGGAGAAUUAAAUGUCGCAUCAGAAUUUCCUUACUAGGGCUUUAUUCCACAUAGACCUUUGUAUGCGUGUCAUCAAACUGCAGAGAAUAACACAAUUACUCAACCAUGCAAUCUUUCUUAAGCUUUCCAGAGAGCUCAUCAUCAUCAUGUCCAACCACUUGUAAGAGAUUUUUGUUAUUUAGAAAUUACCUCCUAGAAGACUGACCCUCAGUUUUCUUAGCAGAGAGGAAAUAAUCAUGUCUUUACAGGCUACCUCGCUAGAGCCCAAUGUUCUUAUAUCUUAUAUAAAUUAAUUGAAUUAAUUAUAUGUUAAUGGAAAUGAUGAUAAUAUUUGAAAAUUUUCUUAAUUCUCCAUUUUAUAUUGUAAAUCAGUGUUUAUCAAGAGGAAAUGCCCAAAUUUGAAGGAGCAUUAGCGGUUAAUAGCAUCUUAACAAAGACACAGAAGUUGUAUGAAGGGGAUCUAGUUGGUCCAGGAUCUAUAGCUGCUGAUAGUGAAGGUAGUUAUACAAUUUCCAAACAAUUUCUGCACAACUUUUUUCCCAGGUUCUCUCCACUUCCUCCCCAUCCCUGGGAGGUUGGAAGGGGAAGGCCCUAUGAGCAAAGUUGACUUUCCUAAUUUUAUGCUGAAAUAAAUAUUACUGUAACCAGCCUUUGACAAUGAGUGCAAAUUGUGCAAUCUAUUAAUCUGUGUGUAUUUAUUAUUAGUAAGAGAUUAAACAAUUUACAAGAAGCUGAUACCCUUUUUGUUUAGGUACUUUGUAUACUGGUUUAGCUGAUGGAAGAAUUGUCAAACUUGAGGGAGAUAAAGUGGUAGAUGUUGUUCGAACUGGGAAGCAGAUGGCAAACUGUGGUGAGUUAAGGUUUUAUGAGAUAUAAUUGAUCAAUGGGAGUUGAUAGAUUAAUUUUAUAACCUACAUUAAGAGACAGGUUUUUGUCAUCUAAUUAUACUCCAUAGCAUUUCUACAAAUGUUCAGUAAAUAUUGAGUGAUGUUACUUUCUUUAUUGCCACCUCAACCCUUUAACUCCCAUGUGUGACCAAGACAGAAUUUCUCCUAACAAUAUCAAUACAAUAUCAACCAGACAAGUGAUGAGAAUAAAGAAAAAUAUUAAUCAGGGGAUUAUUAGUUGAUCCAAUACUAAAUUCUCAAAACUAACAUCACAAGCGCUAUAUGGCAGACAGUAAGGAGAAUUACUGAUGAGAUUUUGGGAGUUGAAGGGUUAAACCACUGUUCCCCACUUGUAGCAAACAAGUGAUUUACCAAAUGCAACCUGGUAGACUAAGUUUACUUUUUCCUUACACAGGGAAACCAGAAGCAGAGGCCAUAUGUGGGCGUCCCGAGGGAAUGCGCUUUAACAAAUUUGGAAGCAACCUGAUAGUGGCUGACGCAUAUCAAGGCUUAUUAGAAGUCAACCCAAAGGCCAAGACAGUUAGCACCCUUGUACCUUCUUCACCUGGGAUUGAUGGCAGGCCCUUUAGAUUUGUGAAUGAUCUAGAUAUUGCACAAGACAGAACCAUCUAUUUUACAGAUACAAGCAGCAAGUGGCAAAGAUACCAGCACGACUACUCUGUUUUAGAAGGAGAUAACACUGGAAGGCUUAUGGCAUACUAUCCUGAGACAGGGAAAAUGGAAGUUCUAAUGGAUGGUCUUCAUUUUGCCAGUGGUGUUCAGAUUUCUCCAGAGGGCGACUAUGUACUGGUAGUGGAACUUGGUGCAUCAAGAGUAAUGAAGUAUGAAGAAGUGAUUUUAAAGUUUUUGAUACUGGCUUUAAUCUCUCUGAUCUCUGAGCAGACCCCCUAAUAUUUGCAUAAUUGGGAAUUUUUGAGAAUUCCUAGGAAUUCCCAGAAAACUGGGAAUUCAGUUUGCAAGGGUUGCGCCACCCCUCUCCCAAGUCUAAAUUCCUAACCUUCCAUCAAGAGAUGGACCACUAAUGUCCCUGAAUUCUUACUCUUGCAGACACUCCUUGGUGUUCAAAAUCUUCAUUUAUUUAUUUAGAACCCAACUCUGUUUUAAAGAUCAAGUCCCCUCUUUCUAAGAUGGUUAUUGGGCAAUGUUGUUCCCAGGUCCUCUCUCUUCCUCCCUCAAGAAAGGACCUUGGGUGCAGCUGGUCAUGUGUCUCCCAGAAUUUGGGAGAUUACAAAAAACAAAUUGAGAAAGGCCUGGGCUCAGGUGCAAUUUCUUUUUCAGGUCUUACUGGAUGGGUAAGAGGAAACUUUUUUAAAAAAGCACUUGCAAUUUGUAGCUCUCACUGAUAUAAUUAGAUUGCACUGAUGACAAAAUUAAGUAGAGGACAUAUCCACAUCUGCUCUCUAGUGUGCAUAGGCACAAGACCAGCUGCAACCACAGUCCCCUCUUCAGGGAGGAAGAAAGAGGACCCUGGGAAUGAGGUCCAUUAUUUGGUUCCCAGGCCCCAUAAAUGUAUCUUAUUAAGCAAUCAACAUGACAUAUUUCAUAAUUGUUCUUGUGUUGUUACUAAAAAUUAUAAUUUUCUUACAAUAUUGACUGACACCAUCACAUAGUGAUAACUGAGACUGUCAAGUCUGAUUGUGAAAUUUUGCAUUCCAAUGCUUUAGAAAAGCACUUAAAAUGGGAGUGAAAAUCAGAAUCACUUAAAAUACUGUCUGUAUUGUGUUUAGGUAUCACAUCAAAGGGGAACUGAAAGGCAAAUCAGAAGUGUUUAUCCAGAACCUUCCUGGAUUUCCAGACCACAUUCGCUUAAGUAGCAAAGGAGGAUACUGGUUGGGUAUUGCAACUAUGCGCACUGACUUUUUUGACUUGAUGCAACAGUAUCCAAGAGCAAAGAACUUUAUAGCAAAGGUAAGAGUGGUAAAGUAGUUGGUAGUGGUGGUAAUGAAGUUAAUUUUGUGAAUAUGGAAGCUAAGCCAUCCUCACAGUGAUGAACACUACUUAUUAAGUAGCAGUGAAAUUAAGGCCUGUAUGGGAUUUGAACCCAUAACCUCUGCAAUACCAGAGCAGCACUCUACCUACUAGGCUAACAAGCCAACUGGGAACAGGGCAUUAUGUUGGUUCCAAAAAAAAAACCUUGAAGGGGUGAAUAAAUGAAUGUAAAUAUACAAAAUCACAUAUGUGAAUAAUUUGCGGUUGAAGAAACAAAUAUGGAAUUAAGUGAUCCUCGCAGUUAUGAACACUACUUAAGUGGUAGUGAAAAUAAGGCCUGAAAAUAUAUAUGAUUUUCACAUAUUUACAGUUAUUUAUUCACCACUUCGAGGUUUUAUUUAGAACCAACAUAAUGACCAGCUCCCAGUUGACUCAUUAGCUCAGUUGGAUGAGCACUGUACCAGUAUCACAGCUCUAGGUCAUGGGUUCAAAUCCCGCUUAGGCCUGAAAUUUUUUCAGGCCUUAUUUCCUCUACUACUCAAGUAGUGUUUAUAACUGUGAGGAAGUUAAUUUUGGUUUUAUCUCUUUGAGCCCCCUCUAACAUCUAAUUUCUCCCUACAAUAUCACCCCUGAAACACAAAUUAAGGUCAUGAGAAUAAAGGAAAUGAUCACCAACCAAAGUAAUGCCUAAAGCACUGAACCUACAUUUUAAAUAAAACAAGGGUAGAGUGUUUAAAUUCCAGCCUAAUGAGGGUUGUGACUUGAUUAUUUUUAAGAUUGUCUAAUACAUUGAAAUUUUAGGUUGUCUCCUUACCAUGGUUAGUCACCAACACAGCUGUCAGGUAUGGCCUUCUCUUGGAGCUGGAUGAAAGUGGUAACAUUACCAGAAGUUUCCAUGAUCCAACAGGCAGUGUUAUUCCUGGUUACCUCAGUGAGGUUCAUGAUGAUGGUGAUGUUCUCUUCUUUGGAAGUUUCUUUUCUCCAUUUGUUGGCCGACUGGAGUUGAAGGAGUGACUUAGGAAUAGAUGUCAGUCUUCUGGACUUUCAGAGUGGGAUGCCUGUGGGGGCAUCAGCGAAUAUGCAUACAGAGAAGGGGAUGCUUUUCAUUUCUUUUUUUUCCUUUAUUUGAAAUUUGUUCAUUUUUAUUUGAGAUAAAUGCUUUCAUUGUGCAUGUAUAUGGCAAAAUGCUGACUGAUUUUGUUUUAAUUAAUGACAUUUGUUUUGGGGCACUUUGCUGUGGUGCUUUCAACAAAGUGUAAGACUCUUCCUUAAAAAAUUUAACACCAUUUUCUGAGUUUUUAGAAAAAAUUACAUCCCAGUUGUUUAAAACAUUAAGUUCCUCUUAAGUUAAUUUGGUUAUUCGAUGUAUUUUUUUUUCAACUAUAGGUAAAUAUACAAACUCUGAGAUUAAAGCAUUAAAAUACAGUGUACUUUAAAGAUUAGAGGGUUGAUUUGACAUGUGGAGUUUUUACACUCGAGUCUAGGAUUAUGAUUGGCUUACAAAGAGACUGUUGGAGGAACAAAGUGCUUACAAAAAUUAGCAGGAACACCUGUUCUGCUAUUAGAGAGUUUUAGAUCCAUGUUUGGUGUGUCAACUGCAGACUGCAGUUGGCAGUUUCAGGUUAGAAGUAAGAAGUCUCAAGAUUUUUGGCUUUGGAUGUCAACGUUGGUGUUUACUUGAAAAAAAUCAACAAGUGUGCUGCCAUCUGGAAUUAUAGAAAGGAUGGAGGUCCUUCAUUUCAAAUACAAAGUGUGGCUGAAAGUUUGGUUUUAUAGCAUCCCAAAUCCAGGAAAAAUUUUGAACAGAAAGAAGAAAAGUGCUGAGGGAGUUGACCUACCUAAAACUGCCUUGCCCAAAGUUCAAACAUGAACUGCAAACUGUAAACGUGACCAUUGGAGCCAGGUUGGGUGACUCCUUGUGAUUUGUGGUCACAUGUAUUCAGGCACAAACAUGGAUCUAAAACUGUCUAAUUGCUAUGGAAUACUUUGUUGAUGUGUGCCUUUGAUUAAAACUCUAGUCUAGGAUUCUUAAAGAGAAUGUUAUAGGAACAAAGUGUUGACAAUAAUUAACAGGGAAACCUUUUUUGCUAUUUGCUAUGGAAUACCUUGUUUAAUGUGUGACUUUGAUUAUAAAUUUUAGCAUGAAAAUACAACUUAGAACAAAUUUCUCCUAUACUAUAAUACUGUCAUUGCAUAACAUGUAAAAGCUACAG